AGCCGAGCCGGUUUGAGCCGUGCUGUACAGUACCCACCGUUUGGCCUUUGUGCAUGAACGGAUGAAUCAUUGAUCCACAGUGAUCGAGAGAGAGAGAGAGAGAGAGAGAGAGAGAUGAAUCCGUAGUAGUUAUCGUGCCGUGAAGGUGUCCUUCCACUCCCCCAUAUUCAACUUUUUGUCCUCUCUCCUUCUCUCUCUCUACAUCAGUCAUAAAUCUCUAUAUAGAGGAGGCGAUUGAAAGCAAUUCGUUGAUGAGAAAAUUGAGGCGUUUGGUCGGGGAACAACGGGGGAUGAAGUGAGAACCCUCGUUCUCGGGAAAUCACAUUGGAAGUUUGAAGAUUUGUGGUGCUUCUCCCUUGCUUCUUUCCCAAUUUUAGGUGCUUUCUGGUGGGAUGAAAAAAGUCGGUGGCGGGUUGGGGAAUUUUGAAGGCUAGAAAAGUGCUUACUUCUGACAUUGAAUUGUUCUGGGGGAAAGUAAGCGAUCGGAAUCGGAAUACUUGGAAGAAGAGGACCAGAGAAAGUUGAGUUCAUACUUUCUUCAAGGAAAUGGCGACGCCUGUGGAGCCUCCAAACGGCAUUAAGCCACGAGGGAAGCAUUAUUACUCAAUUUGGCAAACAUUGUUUGAGAUUGAUACCAAAUAUGUGCCAAUUAAGCCCCUUGGCAGAGGGGCCUAUGGCGUGGUGUGUUCUUCUAUCAAUAGGGAAACAAACGAGAAAGUUGCCAUCAAGAAGAUCAAUAAUGUGUUCGAGAACCGAGUUGAUGCCCUGAGGACUCUCAGAGAGCUGAAGCUUCUGCGCCAUGUCCGGCAUGAGAAUGUGAUCGCUCUCAAGGAUGUUAUGAUGCCCAUCCACAGGACUAGUUUCAACGAUGUGUAUUUGGUUUAUGAACUGAUGGACACGGAUCUUCACCAAAUCAUUAAGUCGUCUCAGCCGCUUUCCAAUGAUCACUGCAAAUACUUUCUCUUCCAGUUGCUCCGUGGAUUGAGGUAUCUCCACUCGGCAAACAUUCUUCAUCGGGACUUGAAGCCCGCAAAUCUCCUUGUCAACGCUAACUGUGAACUAAAGAUAUGUGAUUUCGGAUUAGCAAGAACAGGAAUUGAUAAUGGACAGUUCAUGACAGAAUAUGUUGUCACCCGCUGGUACCGUGCACCAGAAGUCCUACUUUGCUGUGAUAACUACGGGAACUCCAUUGACGUCUGGUCUGUAGGGUGCAUCUUUGCUGAAAUUCUUGGUCGGAAACCCAUCUUCCCAGGAACCGAAUGCCUCAACCAGCUUAAACUAAUUAUCAAUGUCCUUGGGAGCCAACAUGAAACUGAUCUUGAGUUCAUCGAUAACCAGAGGGCUAGGAGGUUUAUCAAAUCACUUCCCUAUUCUAGAGGAAUCCCCUUUUCUUCUCUGUACCCCCAGGCCGACCCUUUAGCUAUUGACUUGUUGGAAAGGAUGCUGGUGUUCAAUCCAUCUAAGCGAAUCACGGUGACAGAGGCUCUCCAUCACCCUUACAUGGUUGGGCUGUAUGAUCCGAGCCGGAACCCUCCUGCACAAGUUCAAAUCAAUCUUGACAUGGAUGAGAACAUGGGAGAAGCUAUGAUUAGAGAACUGAUGUUGAGAGAAACGCUUCACUAUCACCCUGAAGCGGCUUAUGCCAACACAUUUGUUCCUGUCUAACCUUCGGUUUUUCUUUUCUUUUUUUUUUCUUUCCCGGGAGGGGAAAAUGAGAUUUGUCUUCUGCCCUGUGAAACUACCUUAAUGUCCACGCUUAGCUUCCAUGAUUCUAAGGAAGUUUUGUUCAACCUUUCAUUUAUCAGUCUCAGUUCCUGGAGACAGUUUUCUCAUAACCUGUAAAUAAUUGUUGUCUCGUGGAUUAAUAAUCAAAGCUUAGCUCUCAGAGAUGAAGUUUAGCAAUAGCAGGUCGCCUCUGUAUUACAAAGCAUGUCUUUUCGACAGAGUUCCAAUUAUGUGGAGAUGGGCCGCCAUUCUCGAGAAGCCAAGCCUUGAGGAGGAACCGAUUCAGGGAAGAUGACUGGCGGCAGUUCAGGAGGAUCCAUUAUUUUCUAGCAAAAAAAAUGGAAAGUUUUCUCGAGCAGAUAGAAAUUUCAUAAGCCUAUCAAAACAAUAUUUGUUAGUUGUCAUUGGGAUGCCAAGGGUUCAGAUGCAGUGGAGAAUUAAUCUAAUUUAAUGAGAUUAGGUUGGUUUGA